AGGAGAGUAGAGCCCAAGACUCCGACUCGGUUAUCUAGCGGAAUGGUGGUGACCAUGCCGAUGAAGAUCAAGCAGGCCGACAACCACCGGUGCUGCUUCACCGUGUUCUUCGGCGACGCGAAGCUGCAGCCCCCACCGUCUCCCACAGAGCUUGGCCUGGACACGGCAGGCAACGUGCUUCCUGACGCCACGUUGCCGUUGCUCACCGGCAGCGUCGACGAGUCGGCCGCGGCGGAGCCCGCCGCGAAGCCGACGGCAAGCAGAGGAGCGUCGGCGACGAAGGGCGCCUCCAAGCGGGAGGAGUCGCCGCCCGCGGCUGGCAAGGCGCCGAAGGCGGCCGCGUCCAAGGCCGCCGUCAAGACGUCGAAGGGGGCCAAGGAUGGCGACGCAAAGGAGGAGGACGACGCGAAGGUGAAAGACUCUGAUGCGAAGGCAGAGGGCAAGACAAAAUCAAAAAAGAAGAAAAAGGAUUCUGCCGAGGAGCAGAAGGAGGAGAGCAAGGCAGAGGCCAAGCCUAAGGAGAGCAAGGUGCAGUUCAAGCCCCGGAAAAAGGAGCCAGCUGACUCUGAUGACGAGGAUGACGAGCCCAAGAAGGCAGCCACCAAGUCGAAGAAGGAAGAUGAGAAGCCGAAGAAGAAAGCGGCAGACUCUUCGGACGAGGGCGACAAGAAGCCGCCCAAGGACGCCAAGCGGAAGCCCAAGGACCCGCUCGCCUCCUCGUCCGAGGACGAGAAGCCCAAGCCCAAGGCGAAGCAGAGGAAGCCGCCGGAGUCCUCCGAGGAGGACAAGAAGAAGGUGCCAGACAAGGCGAAAAGCUCGAAGCAGAAACAGCGGGACGUGCUGAGCUCGUCCGAGGACGAGAAGGACCGGAAGAGACCGAAGCAGAAGGACACGAAGAAGAAGGACGCUGACGAGGCAAAGGACAAGAAGGAUUCCAAGAAGGCGAAGGAAAAGGAGAAAGAACGGGAGCGGGAAAAGGACAAGGACAAGGAUAAGGACAGAGACAGAGAUAAAGAGAAAGAUAAGAAGGCCCGGAACUCGAAGCGGAGCCGCAGCCGCUCCGACAGCGACAGCCACCCCGCCAGGGCCAGAGGGCGGGACCGCAGCCGAAGCCGCCGCAGAAGCCCCAGCAGGCGCGGCAAGCGGCGGGAACCGACGCCCAAGGCCCGCCGGGGUCGGCGAAGCGCCUCGCGGAGCAACCGCCGCGCGCGGAGCCGCAGCCGGGGCGGCCGCGACCGCGACAGGA